AUGGCAGUGAAACAACAAUGGCAGGAUCAUCUGGAGGAAAAAUACAAGUAUCUCUUCAAACAAGUCGCUGAACCCACAGAUUUAUGUGACCAACGAAGCCUGAAUCUUUUGCUUUACGAUGCAGUCCAGAUCCCUUGGCAGCUGGGUGAGGUAGCUUCAUUUGGAGGCUGCAACAUUGAACCAAGUAUCCGCAGUUGCUUCCAACAUGGCCAGAACAAACCAGAGAUUGAUGUUGAACGCUUUGUCGAGUGGAUGAGAUUGGAGCCUCAGUCCAUGGUGUGGCUGCCUGUUCGACACCGUGUGGCAGCUGCUGAAACUGCAAAACAUCAGACUCAGUGUAACAUCUGCAAAGAGUACCCAAUCGUAGGUUUCAGGUACCGCAGUCUCAAGCACUUCAAUUCUGACAUCUGCCAAAGCUGUUUCUUUUCAGGGCGCACAUCAAAGGGACACAAGUUACAUUGCCCCAUGGUGGAGGACUGCACUCCGAACCUACCCCGGAAGAGAGAGCCCAGAGAAUUGCCAAAGCUGUCCGCAAACAGUCAAUAGAAGUGAAGGAAACUUGGGAGCAAUUGAAAACCCAUGCGAGCAACUGGCAGAAACAGGUGGAAAAGGUGUUGGAGAAACUUCAAGAACUGCAGAAAGCUCUGGAUGAUCUUGAGGCUCAUGUGAUAACAGCUGAAGGGGUCCGCACUGAUUGACAACCUGUGGGUGAACUGCUUAUUGACUCAUUGCAGGAUCACAUUGAGAAAACCACAAACCUACCCCAGAAGAGAGAGCUAUAGCUGUCCACAAACAGUCAAUAGAAGUGAAGGAAACUUGGGAGCAAUUGAAAACCCAUGCGAGCAACUGGCAGAAACGGGUGGAAAAGGCGUUGGAGAAACUUCAAGAACUGCAGAAAGCUCUGGAUGACCUUGAGGCUCAUGUGAUAACAGCUGAGGGGGUCCACACUGAUUGGCAACCUGUGGGUGACCUGUUUAUUGACUCAUUGCAGGAUCACAUUGAUAAAACCACAGUGAUUUAAACACCGUGCGUUUUUCUGCAUAUCGGCCAGCAAUGAAGAUCCGCC